AUGAAAUGGUAAAAAAAUAAAAAUAUAACGAUAAUAUUUUUUUUUUUUUUAUUUAAAUAAUUUAGUUUAAUUAGUAAUAUUGCAUCUAAAACUAUAAAAAGUAAUUAUUUUGAAUACUUGACAUUAGUAGCAAUUAUUUUUAACUCUAUUAUUUUAUGUUUAGAUGAUCCAACUACAAAUAAUGACAAUCAUGAAAAAAUAGAUUUUUUUCUUCUAAUAUUUUAUUCAAUAGAAAUGGCUUUGAAAAUUAUAGGAUUAGGUUUUAUUUUUAAUUAAGGGGCUUAUUUGAGAGAUGCUUGGAAUAUUUUAGAUUUCAUAAUUGUUAUUUCCGGUUAUUUACCUUAUGUUUUAUCAACUGAAUCUGGAAUACAAUUAAGCUCUUUGAGAUCUUUUAGAGUUUUGAGGCCUUUAAGAACUAUUUCAACGAUAAAAAGUUUACGAAAAAUAUUAGAAGCCUUAUUUAGUGCUGUUAAUUUGCUCAAGAAUUCACUUAUAAUUUUGAUUUUUUUCUAUAUAAUAUUUGCUAUUGGGGGUUUAUAGCUUUUUUCGGGUACCUUAAAAAAAAGAUGUAUUGAUAGAUAUACAGGAAUAUAAUAUAUAAUUUUAAAUGGGUAUAGUUAUUGUGCAAAUACUAAUGAUUGUAAUAAAUAUAAUGAUCAUACAAGAAUGCAUAUUUGUGGGAAAAUGAUUGCUAAUCCAAAUUACGGAAUCUUUAAUUUUGAUACUUUUGGAUGGUCUUUUUUAACUGUUUUUUAAAUUGUUACUAUGGAGGGAUGGUUUACUAUUAUGAAGGGAGUUUAAUAAACUUUUUCUAUAUGGGUUUUUCCUUAUUUUCUCUUUACGAUUUUUAUUGGGGCUUUUUUUUUAAUGAAUCUUACUUUGGCUAUUAUUACUGUUAAAUAUAAUUAAGCUUAAAAAAAUACUGUUUAGAAUGUUAUUUUGUAAAAUAAAAAUGAAAUAGGAUAUAAUCUUAAAUAUUCUAAAAGAAAAAAAUAAAAACAAGAAAAUAAUCAAAAAGUAAUAACUGAAAAAAAUGAAUAAUAAAUAUAAAAAUAAAAAUAAUAAUAACAAUAACAAUAAUAAUAAUAAUAAGAAGAAGAAGAGGAAAUAAAUAAUAAUUUGUAAGAUAUUAAAAUUAAAGAAGAAAUUGAAAAAAAUCAUGUAAAUAGCAUUCAAAUAAGUACUCCGGAAAAUAAAAAUGAAAAUACUUCGAGAAAUUUAAUAAAAACAAAAUUUAUGAUAUAAAAUUCUAAAAGCUCUUUAGCUAAAGUUUAGCCUAAAAUUUAAAAUAAUUGUAAUGAAAAUCAAAUUAAUAAUAAUAAUAAUAAUAAUAAUAAUAAUAAUAAUAAUAAUAAUAAUAAUAAUAAUAACAUAAGAAGAAGUGAAUAAACUAAAAAAUCUGAAAUUAUAUAAUUUUAAAAUACUAAAAAUAAAAGAGAAAGUAUAAAUAUUUAUAAUUUUUAAUAAAUAAAUAAAAAUAAUAGAAAUAUGUUAAGCUCACCCCGAUAAAAAACAAUAGUAAAUAUUUUUGAUUAAAAUAAUGAUGCUAAUAAUAAUAUAAGUAGUAGUAAUAAUAUUAAUAGUAUUAAUAGUUUUAAUAAUAUUACUAGUAAUAAAAUUAAUUAUUAUGAAGUUUAGUAAUAGAAAGUUAAUGAUACUGAUAAAAUAUCUUUUUUUUCAGAAAAUAUAGAAGCUGAACAUAAAUAAAUAUAAAUUGAUGAUAAAGGUCUUGAAUAAAAUUAUAUACUGAAAUCUCCUUAGAAAUUAAAUAAAAUUAUAAAAACUCAAUAAACGAAAGUAAACGAAAAUCAGAAUAUAGAAUUACAUGAAAAAACACCAAAAUUAAAAAGAAUGGAGGAUCGUAGAAUUAAUAAAACAGUAUUAGGAUAAAAUUAUAUAAAUAAUUAUGAAAAUUCUGAUAAUAAUUUUAUUAAUGGAAUUUUAAAAUAUGAAAGUAGUGAUGAUUAAGAUGAUUAAGAAAAUGAAAAUUUCACAGAUAAAUUUAACCCUAAAUUAAUGAAAGCUCGUGUAAUUUAUAACGAUUUAAAAGAAUAUGAUGAAAAUGAUGUUUUACCGAAAAAAAAAUAAAAAUUUAACGAACAAUAACUAUAAAUGUAAGCUAUUAAGAUGAAAAAUGCAAAAUUUAUAAUUAAUUAUUAAUAGGGUAGGACUAAAAAUUAUCAAAUUUAAGUCCAAAAGAGAUACUAGAGAUAAUUAACUAUUAAACAUAAAGACUUAAAAAAGCGUAUAAUACCUUUUUAAUAAAAUAGUGAUUUAAUGAAAUAAAUUUUUUCGAAAAAUAAUAAUUAUUUAAAUUAAUUCGAAGAAAAUAAACAAUUUAUACGUAGUCAGAGCAAUAAAUCUUUAUCACAAAAUAACGAACAUUUUAUUAGAAAAAAAAGGCCUUCCAAUGAUAAUAUUAUCGAAAAUUAUUUUAAUACUUUAGAAGAUAUUAACUCUGUUUCAAAACAAUUAAAAAACUCUUAUUCUAAAUCGUUAAAAAAUCAUUAAAUGAAUGUUUUUCACAAUAAUAUCAAUGAAAAUUCCGAGUAAGCAAGUAGCUUCGACAGAGGAAAAAAAGGGAAAAAAUAAAUUUCAGGGAAUAAUCCGGUUUUUUAAUGGAAUUUGUAGAAAGUUUUAGAUUAUAUAUUCCCCAGUGAGGAUAAAAUACAUAUAGAUAAAAAAAAUAAUAAUGAUUAAGAAAUAACUCAUAUGAAAAUUAAAGAAUAAAAUAUACAAGCAAUUGAAUAAAUUUAAAAUAUAGAAGAUGAUUCUUUUUUAGAAAAGCCCAUAGAAAAAAGCUACUAGGAAAUAAUAUAAUAACAACUUAAUAAUAUAGAUAGUAAAAAAAAAAGUACAUAAGCACAUAUUUUAGAUAUUCCAUGGUCUUUGGAAGAGAUUUUGUACUAUAGCCGUAAUUCAAAAACUCAGCAUUCUUUAUAAAAUAUUCUUACUUCGUUAAUUCAUAAACCAAAUGACGUAGAAUAAUAUGAGGGAGGGAUUUCUGGAAUAAUAAAGGCUUCAAGAAGGAUUGUAAAGAGUUUUGUUUUAUCAAAAUACUUUGAUAAUAUGAUAAUGUUAUGUGUAGUUAUGAAUACUUUAGUUUUAACUUUAGACGGAUAUUUAGAUGAAGAAGGUGAAAAAAUAAUUCAAAAAUUUAAUUUUUCCUUUACAAUUAUUUUCGCUAUAGAUAUGGGAUUAAAGUUAUAUGGGUAAAAAUUUAAUGAGUAUUUAAUGGAUAAAAUGAAUAUUUUUGACGCAAUAAUUGUAACUCUAUCUUUAGUGGAAUUAGUUGUUUUAAAUGGGUAGGGUUAGUCGGCUAUUAGUGUUUUUAGAUCGGUGAGAAUUUUAAGAAUUUUUAGAGUUUUGAGAGUUACGAGAUUAGUGAGGAGUUUGUAGUUUAUGAAAAUUAUGAUUACAGCUAUUAGUUCAAGUAUUUCCUCGGUUAUAUAUAUUCUUUUGUUGCUUUUUUUAUUUAUUUUUAUUUACUCAUUGCUUGGGAUGUAGGCUUUUGGAGGAUAAUUUAUAUAUUAAGAAAGAAUGAAUUUUGAUUCGUUUACGAACGCUUUCUUGAGUGUUUUUUAAAUUAUGACUAUGGAAAAUUGGAAUGAUAUAGGAACUUCGUGCUUGAGGUCUUCAGUUAAUAUGGUCAUUAGUUUAAUUUAUUUGGUAAGUUGGAUUUUUAUAGGAAAUUAUGUGCUUUUAAAUUUGCUUUUGGCAAUUGUAAUGGACUCUUUUAAUAAUGAUGAAGUUAUUGAUGAUAAAGAAGAGUAUGAGAAGGGAUUUGAAGUUGCUUAGAAUAUUAUUUUAGAUGAAUAAAUGAACGAAACAACAAAUUCAAAUUUAUAUUUUAAAAAUUCGGCAUUAAGUUUAAAAAAAUCUAGUACUCUUAAUAUGGAUAAUAAUUAUAAUGAUAUUAGUUUUUAAAAAAAUAAAAAAAAAAAAAAUUAAUUUGUUUAUUUUGAAAACAUUAUGUGUGAAAAUGCACUUUUUAUUUUUUCAAAAAAUAAUAUAUUCAGAAGAUUUUGUUAUCGUUUAUGUAAACAUCCUUAAUAUGAAAAUGUUAUUUUAGUUGCUAUAUUUUUAUCUUCAAUUAAAUUAGUUGCAGAUACUUAUUUUCCAAGACACAAUCCAGAGUAUUAAUUUCAUAUAUAUGCUAGCUAAAAGUUAAAUAUUGCAUUUACAGCUUUUUUUACAACUGAGGCUAUUUUAAAAAUAAUAUCCUUUGGAUUUUUUUUAGAUUAAUAAACUUAUUUAAGAGAAGGAUGGUCUUAAUUGGAUUUCUUUAUUGUUGUAAGCAGUUUAAUUGAUAUAAGUGUAGAAUCUAUAGAUAUAGAUAUCUUAGAAAUAUUAAGAUUAUUAAGAACUUUAAGACCUUUAAGAUUUGUUUCUCAUAAUAGAUCAAUGAAAUUAAUUGUUACAGCCUUAUUAGAAUCAGUUAUUGGUAUUAUGAAUGUUGUAAUUGUAGUAUUUUUGAUUUGGUUAAUGUUUGCUAUAUUAGCUAUUAAUUUAAUGAAAGGAAAACUUGUUUAUUGUGAUUUGCCUGAUGAUUAUAAAAACAUAGAAAAUGAAAUAUAUAAUAUAAAUAAAGAAUAAUGUUUACAGAUAAAUAAUGCAUAAUGGAAUACUUAUUAUCUUAAUUUUGAUAAUAUAGGUUCUGGUAUGUUGACAUUAUUUAUUUUAUCAACAUUAGAAGGAUGGUCAGAUUAUGUAUGGUAUUUCAUAGAUGGAGAUGAGAAUGGUCCCGUUAAAAAUGCUAACACUUCAUUUUUAAUAUAUUUUAUAGUAUUUAUAUUUAUUGGAUCGUUAUUUUUAAUGAAUCUUUUCGUCGCUAUUUUAUCAUUUAACUACAAUAUAGCCUCUUAGAAGUCCAAAAACAAAUAUCUAACAAAUGAAUAGGCUUAAUGGAUUGAAUUAUAACGUCUUUUGGUAAAAUCUACUCCUGAUUAUGCUGCAUUGAAACCUCCAGAUAAUUUUUUGAGAAAAAAAAUGUGGAAUUUAUGUGAAUCAACUUAUUUAGACUCAUUUAUAAUGUUUUGUAUAAUUUCUAAUAUUAUAGUUAUGGCAAUGAGAUAUGACACAUCUAAUUUAGAAUAUAAUUAAAUACUAUCUAAUAUAAAUUUAUUUUUCACCUCUGUAUUUAUAUUUGAAUGUAUAAUAAAAAUGACUGCAUACGGCCCUCGAGGGUAUUUUUUUAAAGGAUGGAAUUAAUUUGAUUUUUUUGUAGUAUCAACUUCUAUACUGGAUAUUACAAUGGAUGUAACAGGAAAAUAAUUUUCUUCGUUUAUAAGAGCAGAACCUUAAAUUGCCAGAGUUUUUCGACUUUUGAGAGUCACUAGGCUUUUGAGAUUAAUUAAAAAUUUUUAAAAUUUACAAAAACUUAUUUAGACGGCAAUUUAUUCGUUGCCGUCAUUAUUAAAUGUUAGCGCAUUGCUUUUUUUGGUUUAUUUUAUUUUCUCUAUACUAGCAGUGUUCCUUUUUUAGGAUAUUACGUAAGGAAAAUGGAUUAAUAAAGAGUAGAAUUUUAGUAACUUUCAUUAGAGUAUUAAUCUCUUAUUUGUUUGUAGUACUGGAGAGAAUUGGAUGUAUUAUAUGUUUGAUACUAUUAAAUAUGGGAGUUCGAUUAAUAUUAUUUUUUUUGUUUUUUUUAUAAUUAUUGUUUAGUAUGUGAUGAUGAAUUUGUUCAUUUUAAUUAUUGUUGAUUAAUUUGAAUAAAAUUAUAUUAAUGAGUAAAAUCCACUUAAUGAGUUUUAGGCUUUUGAAGAGAAUUUUAAGAAAGUUUGGGUAGAUAAAACCAAAGAAACACACGGAAUUAAAAUAAAUGAAAGGUCUUUAACAGAUUUUUAUAUGUGUUUACAAGAGCCUUUCGGAUUUGAUUUUUAGGCAAAAAAAAAAAGGAUUUAGGACGAAAUAAAGGAGAAUUUUAAAGAUAUUUCAAGCCAAGAAAUGGAGGAAAAACUAUAGAAAUUUCUUGCUGUUUAAAAAUAAUUUGCAGAAAAAUAAAUAAUGUAAAUGAAUAUAUCUUGCGAUUAUGAAGGGUAUAUAUAUUUUAACGAAUUGAUGUUUUUCGUAUAGAAAUUUGCUUUAUAGGAUAAAAUUUUUUAUUUAGAAAACAAUAAAAAUAGUGAUUAAGUUGAGAAAUAUAUAAGAGCUUAAAAUAUAAUUAGAAAAGAAGAAAACAAGACACUGAAAAAAUUAGCUAAUUUAAAAAAAAAAUCUAUGUAAAUUGUAAGAAAAAAAGUCUCAAAAUAAAGGUAAUAAGGAGUUAAUCCUUUAGUUAUAAGACUUUUUGUCUAGAUGUGUUUUAAAAGUUGGAAAAAUUACAAUUAAUAAAUGCAGAAUAAAUUAAAUUAUUUAAAAAGUAAUAAUAAGUUAAAUGAUCAAGAUGAUAUUUCUUCGAAUUCUGAUACAGAUGAAAGCCAUGAUUAGGUCAUGUAGUUAUUUUAAUAAUAAUAAAAUGGGUAAAAUUUUAAAAGGUUGGAUAUUAUGCCAAGAGAACAUACUGUUAAGUAUAGACUAAGUACAUAACAUUGUAAUAACUUUUAAAAUGAAUAAUAGUAUAUUUUCUUACCGGAUACUGAUAUCUAUAAGGAUAAAUUUGUGGUUUUUAAUA